CUUCUCCUCUGGUAACUCUGCCUAUGGAAGUGUCAGGCAUUGUGGUUCGUGGCCCUUCCCAGAGUCGUAUGGGGAGUAACAGAUUAUAUGGCAGGGGGAGGUAUUCCUGUACCUCAUACCUCAAUGACUAGAUUGUCCAUAUGUGGCUUACAAUCUAAUCCAAGCUUAUAUCCGUGGUCUUUGUUACUAGUGCCUCCUAGUGAUGAGGCUGACAGUAGAGGUGGCAGGGUUAGCGGCUGAGUAACCUCCAUAGCUGAGCGAGGAGCCGCGGUGAGUCAUGUGUGCGCCUCAUGUCUCUGCUUUCCCUGCCUGUCACUCAGGUUAAAGAUCAACCAACAGCAAUGUCAUCCGAUGUCACCGCGAGGCAUAGAGAACCUCACACUGCAGGCAGACAGGUGAAGAUGAGGCGCCACAGUGACUGACGAGCGGCCACGGAGCACAAAGACUCGAAGCUGAUACAUGGCGGAGCCCCAGCAGGUGACCAUGAAUGCAUCCGAGGACUUCCACCGUAAUGAGGACGGCUGGCAGAAUUCGGUCAUCAUUAUUCCGGCGCUGCUCUCAGGCUCCACCCUCAUUGUGGUCGCCAUUAUCUUCUGGAAGUUGAUUCGCAGUAAGAGAGACAAAAGAAAAGGAUCGAAAGACGAAAUGAAAGAUUUGGAUUGGGCAGUGAACGCCGCGGGGAUCUAUGAGAACACCCUGGAUGCUCUAGAUACCGUCCUGAAGAAGAAGCAGCUGCCCGGUGACUGGACAGUGGAGCAGACGGAGCUUGUGUGUAAUGGCCACUUUGGUCCCAUUAGUUGGGCAGUCCUGUGCUGCUCGGGGGAGACAGAGGACAGACAACAUGUCGUCCUGAAGGAGCUGUCUGAGCUUUGCAGCCCUGGAGAAGUGCAGGAUUUCAUCGACCUCAUGAAGUUUUACGUGCAGGUCUGUAACCACGCCAGUCUGGUAACCAUGUUGUGGUGUAAGACAGACAGGAGACCGCCAUGUCUCAUCAUGAAGGCUAUGUCCUACGGGAACCUGCUCGCCUUCCUCAGGAACUCACACGAGAGCGUACAAGCUAUGGAAGCGGCCAUCCCGAGGAUCACUGAGAAGGACGUCUACUCAAUGGCUUCACAAGUGGCCAGUGGGUUGGAAUAUCUGUCAGGGACUCACGAUCUGGCCCAUGGCUACGUGGCAGCAUGCAACGUUCUCAUCCACGAGGAUCUGAGCGUCCAGCUCUGCGGUCUGGGUAUGGCUGCUAUACAGUAUAGGACCGGCUCCAUUCCUGCGAGAAGAGCUGCUCAGGUGCCCCUGAAAUGGCAGUCACCAGAACGACUGAAUGGAGGGGACAUCACAGAGAAGAGCGACAUGUGGUCAUUUGGGAUCUUGCUGUAUGAGAUGGUGACACUAGGUUCUCCACCAUACCCGGAUCUGGAACCUGCUCAGCUGCCUUCAAAACUGCAGAAGAAUUACAGAAUGGAGCGACCUGCGCAGUGCGGACAUCAACUGUUUGAAGUAAUGACCAGCUGCUGGCAGUGGGAGGCGCCGCGGAGACCUUGCUUUACAGAUGUUGUGAAGCAGCUGCAGAAUGUUUCUGACCAGGCCGAUGGACAUACCCCUCUGACAGCCAUGGACACUCUCAGCUGGAGGGAGUACUUGCAUGUGGCUGGGAUUCCUUCAUGACGUCUUCAGCAAGUGACUGUGUGAGGACAAGGCCCAGAGCCUAUGUGGGGAGGGGUGGGCAUCCUGAGCUGCGAGGACAUUGGCACCAUCUACCUGUGCCCACUGCUGCCCACCCUCUCAUGUGGAAUGUAUAUAUAGUGGGUGGUCAGGAUUAACCCCUGCUUAUAAGAAAUAUAUUUAUGAUGUAGAAUAAAGACACUCGGAAAUGUG